AAAGGGAUUUUGAUGCGCUGGCGGAUGUGUAUAUUGGCGGAAGCGCUUCGUGUCAUCGCUGCUUAGGGAGUAAUGCGGUAGCCGCUGCUGCAAGAGGAAGGACCCCGGUUCCACUCUAGUGUCUUUCAGUUUCGCCUUAAAAAUUGUACAGCCUAGUGUGUUGUGUAUGAUAGGGGAGCAGUGACUAAUGUAAGAUUGACCUGUUUCUUUUGCAAUCCGGUGGAACGCAUCGAGCAACAGUUAGAAAAAGUAACGUAACCGCCAUUUUAAUCGAAUAAAACACACGUUUUCAGUGACAGCGGCACAAGCACAACAAUGGCUCUGAAAAGAAUUCAUAAGGAGUUGAAUGAUUUGGCACGUGACCCUCCAGCGCAGUGUUCAGCGGGACCUGUUGGGGACGACAUGUUCCAUUGGCAGGCCACAAUAAUGGGACCAAAUGACAGUCCGUACCAGGGAGGCGUAUUCUUCUUAACCAUUCACUUUCCCACAGACUACCCCUUUAAACCGCCAAAGGUUGCAUUUACCACAAGAAUCUACCACCCAAACAUCAACAGCAAUGGCAGCAUCUGUUUGGACAUCCUCCGGUCACAGUGGUCGCCCGCACUCACCAUCUCCAAAGUUCUCCUGUCAAUCUGCUCACUGCUAUGUGACCCCAACCCAGACGACCCGCUAGUGCCUGAGAUCGCCCGCAUCUACAAGACAGACAGGGAAAAGUACAACAAAAUAGCUCGGGAAUGGACACAAAAAUACGCGAUGUAGCCGGAGGGCCGGAGCACAGAGAAAUGCCUCUACAUCUUAAGGCUAGGGGAGCUUUUGAAAGAAACAAAUCUCGUUGGUUUUCCAUUGGAGUGCUUUAUUUGAGCCACGCCUCCCCUCUGCACCUGUUUCCCCCCCCCCCCCCACCCACCUGGCUGUCAUGUUGUACAUAUUUUCAAAACUGCAAUCGUAGACGACCCCCCCCCCCCCCCAGGCCCCCCCCCAUCUGCUUUCAGUCUCUCAGGAUGUGGCCGAGUAGGGCCAGUCCAGUCACAACGUUUAUGAUUCUAAAAGCAUUCCUUCAUUUUAAGAACUGAGGGUAAUAGGCCCAGAUUAAGGGAUUUCACAUUGAAUUUGUAAUUUUUUUUUUUUUAAUCCCCCUUCUCCUCAUUUGCUUCCUGUGCUUCCAACUGUACUGUGAGUCGGGGGCAAAUCAAAUUUUUUUUGGUGUGUGUUUGUAUGUAAAUCUGAGGAAUUCUUUUAAACUCAUAACAGGUUAUGAAUGGAAAUGUUAGUCCUUUGAGUCUUUUUCCAUUCUACUGGACAAAUUCUUAAGCACUUGUUUUUUUUUUUGGUUUUUUUUUUCCCCCUCCCUCCCUGUUUCCAGUGUCAUGUGACCAAGUCUGUUCUUUCCCACGUACAUCACAGUUGCAAUCUGAACAAGUUAUUAGUUUAACAAGCGUUUUAUUUCAACCCCCGCCCCCACCCCCCCUCCUAACUCUAGGUUGCAUUUGGCUAUUGUUGAAUUAGAAGCUAACAGCUCCAGUUAUACUCUUGCUCUGUCAGGUCCUGGGUGCGAGGUGCAAGGUCCUGACAGACAACCUCUGUAUAUUUAAUUACCUGACAGCUCAUGGAGCUGGUGUGUUGAUUAAACUGUGUAAUAAAAAAAAAAUGAUUACUAAAGUCUGAA